AUGGCUUCGCAAUUGAAUUUAAUAUACAUAAAAUUAAAUUCAAAUAAAAAAAAAAAAGAAAGUCAAUGUCAUUCGGAAAUACGUUCGAGAUAUGAAUCGUAUCUUCGCUGGCCGGUAUAUAUGUACAUGGAAAGAAUGCAUAUGAACGAUAAACAAACGUAUACAUACAUACGACAUAAUGACGAUCAAUCAACCUUCGAUGUAGCAGUAACAUCAACAUUGUCGACGACAACGAAGCUUUCAAGGUUCGAUUAG